UCUCACAGUGACAGAUGGAUAAUUUCUAAAACACCAAAAUUGUUCCACAAAGAUUGAGAGGAAACACUGGAGCCGAUCAAACCGGGAGUAGGAUGUUACUAGCAUCCGCCGUAGUGGUAUGGGAAUGGCUGAACGAGCACGGACGCUGGCGGCCCUACAGCCCCGCUGUCUGUCAUCACAUCGAGGCAGUCAUCCGGAGCGACCCGCGGAGUGGUAGUCUUGUCCUCGGCCAGGUGGACUCUCGCCUCUCGCCGUACAUCAUCGAUUUGCAUUCCAUGCACCAGUUCCGACAAGACACAGGUACCCUUCGACCGGUACGACGCAGUUUCUACGACCCCACAUCAGCACCAGGCCAGGGUUGGUUGUGGGAGUGGGAGAACGACGCUGGCAGUUGGACAGCGUACGACACGGAGGUGGGCAUCGCCAUCCAGGCAGCACGUGAUCGUCAGCAGCCCUGGCUGGACCUGGCACCACUGGGUUUCUGCUACCUCAUUGACUUUGAAAGCAUGACCCAAAUCAAUGGGCAGACGCAGCGCUGCCGACGCAUCCAGCGCCGGUCUGACCUCGCUUACCCGCUGGUGUCUGGGCCCCUACCCAAGUCCCAUCACGCCUGGGGUCCCACGUCCAUGCCUGCACAUGGAGGACUACUAGGCGUUGAUGUAUCCGGAGUAGGCAUGGGGCUCAGGAUGAGCAGCAGCGGGACUGGAAAUGGGAGCGCGUACCCCAGCGGGGCGCUCCCCGCUUCGGCCAUCACCUCCUUGGGACAACCGUGUGCUUGCCAGCAGUGUAUGUUGGUGCUAAGUGUCAAAGCAGGCACCAUGUCGACUGCUCACACGCUGGGCCGGAGACCGCUGCAGACCAAGCCACCUAGUCCCAAACUAAGCAGUCACCCCAUCCCAGGAGGGUCUUACUCACUAACCCUCCCUCGACCUCCAACCCUAUCGAGGUCACUUUCACCCCACAGGACGUCCAUAGUCGGGGCGACAGGUGGCCUCAGUAUGGGUGGAAUGGGAGGUGGAGGAGGUUUGGGUGCCAGUGGUAUCGGCGGUCCCAACUUUGGCUUUGGAGGAGGCUUCACCCACUCGCUUUCCCUUCUUGGCUCAGCCACUGCCGCCCUCUCCAUUUCCUCCAAUCGCCCCCCGCCACCUCCCCUCCCGCCUCCUCCUCCGCCUCCCCCUCCCCUCUCCGCCGCACCCUCAUCGGUCACCACCUCCCCGCCUCACCCCUCCACCUCUUCCUCCCUGUCCACUUCCUGUUCCGCCCUCACGGCACCCGCCCCGGGCCCACCUCUCAUCUCCACAGCUGCCUCCACGUGCACACCCUCGCCUUCUGCCCGCGUCCUGGGUCCAGUGUCUUCAUCCGGUGCUGCUGCCUGCACAGCCCCUCUGCCGCCGCGGUCAAGCCUCGCAGGGCUGAGCCGUCCUGCACUGCAGCGCAUCGCCAUGGCUCAGUCACGUGCCCUUAUCGCCUCUGGGUGAGUAAAGAAAUCACUGUAUCCACACCUUCAUUGUGAACAAAACAUACUACCAUGAGAAAA